AACUGUACAGGUCGCUUUAAUGCGGAAGGUGAACGGCUUUUCAUUGAGUACAGCGUAGUGUACUUCAGGACAGGAGGCCCAGGAAUAGGGAACGCGGUGCCUGGCUUGCGGGAGGUCAUCGUGCGCAGGUGAUCACCGCGAUCAUCACAUGCUAUCUGAGUGGCAGCAGCCGGCGGGAGUCGAAAUGCGGCCUCCAUCCCUCAGUCCCAAGCUGUUGGCGCAUCGGCGGCACAGCCGGAUUCUGGCAGCAGCAGCGGUGCUAUGCGUAGUGUGGCUGGCGCUCAGAGGACGACAAGGGGACAAUCCAGGCUCAGGUGCAGGCGAAGCGCAGCAUGCGCCGUCGGCGGCGGGCUGGAGCGAGUCGUACCUUCACAAAGCGGGGGAUGCCAAGCUGACGGCACUGCUGGACCGCACCAGCAAGGCGUCGCCGCUCAUGAAGUGCACAGCAGACCUGCACAUCUUCAAGCUGAAGGCCGAUGACCUGGAGCGGGUGAACGACGGCGCCAAGGCCAACCGCUCGACGCUGGGGCCGCUGCUGUCGGGCACCGCGCACCGCAUGCCGUGCAGACACAACCUGUCUUCGGCCAGGGCGUCCUGCUGCUCCUACCCAGUUAACUUCCGCCUUGGCACCACCGACUUCCAAGUCUUCCAGCAGGUGUUCCAGUUUCACUACAUGCGGUACCUGUACACGCUGUUUGCAGACCAGCCCCCGCAGUAUGUGCUUGAUGCGGGAGCCAAUGCCGGGUUUGCCAGCUCGCUGUUCAAGCUGCUGUGGCCCGAUGCCACCGUGGUGAGCCUGGAGCCGGACACCAGCAACUUUGAGCUGCUGAAGGCCAACACCAAGUCAUUCAAGAAGGUGCAUGCGCUCAACGCGGGGCUGUGGGGCCACCGCGCCAACAUCACCAUGGUCAUGAAGUCGAGCAGCCACGGCAACUGGGGGCGGGUGUUCCGCGAAGCGCAGGAGGGGGAGGAGGGCAUGCCUGCCUACGGCGUACAGGACAUUGCAGACAUGCUCGACAUCCCCGCCUUUGACUUUGUCAAGAUCGACAUCGAGGGCGCGGAGGGCAUGGUGUUUGAGCCCGGCAACGACUUCAGCUGGAUCGGCAAGGCGCGGGCGGUGUCCCUGGAGAUACACGACUACUUUGCCGGCUACUUUGACCUGAAGCCAAAUGAGGUCAGCUCUCGCGUGGACGCCGCCUUCAACACCACCGGCUACAGCCUGGUCAGCGACAACGAGCACGUCAUCUUCCUGAGCCCGGCGCUGCGCAAGGCGGUUGAAUCCAGCGCAGCAGCAGUGCCGCACACGGAGUCGGCAGCGGCGGAGCAGGCGAAGCAGGGGAAGAAGCACAAAGCAGCCGAGCAGCCGCAGGGCACGCAGCGAGCCAAGCAGUCAGGCUCCGGUGCAUGAUGUACGCCCUGCAGGUUUAGCGACCAACAUGCUCCCAGUUCCCUGCUUUCCCGCACUGUUUCCCCGCCCUGUCCUCCACGCUGGCGCCUGCGCCGCCGCGGAGGCGCAGUUUUCUGCUGUACAUGCGCCCCCGUACAUCAAUGCAUAUGCCCUUAAAAAAUUGAAACCAAAAACCAUGUGUCAAGCUUCCUGGCCC